CUCCGACUUCGCGUGCUAGUUACGCGCGGAUCGUGAUACAGUACACACUGACACUGACUUCCCUCCCACCGACAGCGAUAUUGUUUCUCGCUUAGUCUCUCCCUGCACACCCGCCGAUCCAUUCCCUCUCUCUCGCAGGGCAUGGAUUUUUCAGGAGCAAUUCAAAGAAGUGGCUUUCCGGAGCUCUUGGUGGCCGUUUCUCUCCUAUUCUCAGCCAUUGUAAUCAGCACCACCAAUGCCUCAAUCCACCUCUACGACAACGAACCCUUCAGGGAAGUCGGCAAUGCUUACCUUCUCUCCGGUGGCAGCGAAGGCAUCUUUGCGUCUCUCACCUUAGACAACUCCGUCGCUUCAUCGAUCCACGAUGGUCAUUCUUAUAUCCGAUUUGAGAAUAUAACCUUCUGGAGGAGCAAGGCUGUUGCUGACCAGCAUUCAGACAUGGAGCAUAGUACUGGGUUGGUACAAGUAAUAAUUUUUGAGGCAGCUGAUCGUAAUAAUAUAGGUGGUUCUGCUUAUGGUGGCCAGAGAGCUAUAUGCUGCACUCCUGAUCUUGCUAAAUUGGAAGGUUGUAAACAAGGUGAAGUCAUUAGGAGACCUUCUGCAACAAAUAUUAACUGGCCCGUUGUUUUAAAUGUACAGUUUGGUGGGAACUAUUUACAUACAAAAAUGGCUUACAAGGAGGUUCCUAUCACAAAGACUGGAAUGUAUAACUUGUUUUUUGUAGCAUGUGAUCCAAAACUCAAGGGGCUAAUAAUGAGUGGGAAAACAACAUGGAAAAAUCCUGAUGGUUAUUUACCUGGUAGGAUGGCCCCAUUGAUGAAGUUUUAUGUGUUUAUGUCACUUGCUUAUCUGUUUCUUAGUGUCAUUUGGUUCUCUCAGUAUGUGAGAUUUUGGAAGGAUAUACUGCAACUUCAGCAUUGCAUCACAGCUGUCAUUGGUCUUGGAUUGUUUGAGAUGAUUCUUUGGUAUCUUGAGUAUGUAAAUUUUGACAGUACAGGAAUGAGGCCAGUUGUAGUUACAACUUGGGUUGUAACAGUUGGAGCUGUUAGGAAAACACUUUCGCGCCUUCUUAUUCUCUCUGUUUCGAUGGGUUAUGGCGUUGUGCGGCCCACUCUUGGUGGUCUUACCUCAAAGGUGCUUCUUCUUGGAAUAACUUACUUUUUGGCAUCGGAGUUGCUGGAUAUUACUGAGUAUGUGGGGACCAUCAACGACAUAUCAGGAAGAGCAAGGCUCCUUUUAGUUCUUCCUGAUGCUUUCCUGGACGCAUUUUUGAUACUAUGGAUUUUUACAUCUCUUUCAAGAACACUUGAGCAGUUACAGGCAAAAAGGAGUUCUGUUAAGUUGGAUAUAUAUAGGAAGUUCUCAAAUGCAUUAGCAGUGACAGUAGUUGCCUCAGUCGCUUGGAUAGGAUAUGAGGUUUACUUUAAAGCAACAGAUCCAUUCAAUGAGCGAUGGCGGAGUGCUUGGAUCAUCACUGCUUUUUGGGACAUUCUUGCAUUUGCAUUGCUUUCUGUGAUCUGCUAUCUCUGGGCCCCAUCUCAGAGCUCUCAACGGUAUGCUUACUCUGAGGAAGUGGGAGAAGAAUCUGAUGAUGAAGAAGCUCAAUCCCUAACCAGGGGGAAGGAGGGUGACCUCAGUUUAGUCAAGCUAGAGAAGAAUGUUGAAACAAAUGCCAUUUUCGAACAAGAAGAUGAUGAUGGGGAAGAGAAUAAGAGGCAAUGAUCACUGAAGAAAUCUUUUGUUGUUAAUAUGAGCUCUGGGGUUGAGAUCAGCAUAUCCUCUUCUUGGAGUAACUUUUAUUGGUGAGUGACAACACUUGGCAUGCCAGGAGGUGGUCUAAAAUUUGGCUAAAAGGUUCUAGGAUCCAAAAUGCUGCAUAUUUUUCAUAUUAUUUUAUUUUAUUUUUUUUUUUACAAUUUAAUCUUUGUUUCUUUGUACAUCGAACAUAUGUUGCAAAUGGUGCCAUCAAAAGAGUAAAUCGAAUCUUGAGAAAAAAAAAAAAAAAAAAAAAAAAACAGGGUUGAAAUAUUGGACGUGGAUGCUCUAGAUAAGCUGUGUGUCGUUUUGAUUCUGAAUUUCUGAUGUUGCAAUUGCUUACGUCUUCUUUAUCAAGACAUUGUAACUGAUGUUGUUGAGUCUAGGGUUGUGGUGUAGAUGCGGAUGUUGUUAUUUGUAAUAUUUGCUGCUGUAUCUGCAAAAUGUGGAUAACACUUUUAAAUAUUCGCAUC